GAGGAACAAAGAGAAACAAGCGGGGACAGUGAUUUUCUGCUUUUGCAUCCGCUUCUGGGAUGUGUGUGCUGGCGGGUGCGCCUACUGCUGCGGAGGAGGUGCCGGGUCAACAGGUGCCCUCCAACGGGGCUGGAGCGGCAGCCACCACGCUGAGGGCACACACAACACGACAGGUACCUGCACGACCUGUUGGCCUGCAUUAUUUAUUGACAUUGAGAUCUUAAUUCUCUUUAUUACUUGGAAGAUCCCAGGGUCGUGAAAUAUUCAGGCAUAGCAGCAGUUAAGCAGUGCAGCCAGCAACCGGUUGUCUCUUUGAUAUCCUCUGAAGUUGAGCAGCUUCCAGUGUUAGAGCUUCAUUCCCCUACCAGCUCAGAGCUUGGGUGGAAGCUUGGUGGAUAAUCAGGCACUGCAUUUUGUCAGUGGAGGAGGGAAGUGUCUGUGAGAACAGGUCCAUUUGACUUUCUGCUUCAACUUUUCCAAGAGAAGAGCCAACUUUGGAUUUCAUGGAUAUACAGGAAUACAGCCAGCUGCUGCUGAAGACAGAUGCUUAGUGUGCCUGUGUCAGCCAGGCUAAGGGACUAUACUCCCUGGGAUAACAGAAGCACCUGGAAUACACCUCUAUCUGACUUUCCAUGCUGGUGAGGCUGUUAUUGGUCAUCUCAGCCUUGCAUGUUGCCAUGCCAAAAACACCCAAGGCUAAAAAUGUGUCCUGGGGUUCGGCGGACUCCUACACCAGCCGUCCAUCUGAUUCAGAUGUAUCCCUGGAAGAAGACAGGGAAGCAGUGCGGAGAGAGGCAGAGCGACAGGCCCAGGCACAGCUGGAAAAAGCAAAGACAAAACCUGUUGCAUUUGCAGUUCGGACAAAUGUUGGGUACAGUGCAGCUCACGAUGAUGAUGUUCCAGUCCCAGGCAUGGCCAUCUCAUUUGAGGCUAAAGAUUUUCUUCAUGUUAAAGAAAAAUUUAAUAAUGACUGGUGGAUAGGACGGUUGGUAAAAGAAGGCUGUGAAAUAGGAUUCAUACCAAGCCCAGUCAAACUAGAAAACAUGCGGCUGCAGCAUGAACAAAAGGCAAAACAAGGGAAAUUCUACUCCAGUAAAUCAGGAGGAAACUCUUCAUCCAGUUUGGGUGACAUUGUUCCUAGUUCCAGAAAAUCGACGCCUCCAUCAUCUGCUAUAGACAUAGAUGCCACUGGCUUAGAUGCAGAAGAAAAUGAUAUUCCAGCAAACCAUCGCUCCCCUAAACCCAGUGCAAACAGUGUAACAUCACCCCACUCCAAAGAGAAAAGAAUGCCCUUCUUUAAGAAGACAGAGCACAUCCCUCCCUAUGAUGUAGUGCCUUCUAUGCGACCAGUAGUUUUAGUGGGACCUUCUCUGAAGGGAUAUGAGGUAACGGAUAUGAUGCAAAAAGCAUUAUUUGAUUUUUUAAAACAUAGAUUCGAAGGGCGUAUAUCAAUUACACGAGUCACAGCAGACAUCUCGCUUGCCAAACGCUCAGUAUUAAACAACCCCAGUAAGCAUGCGAUAAUAGAGCGAUCUAACACAAGAUCAAGCUUAGCUGAAGUUCAAAGUGAAAUUGAACGGAUUUUUGAAUUAGCAAGGACACUGCAACUAGUAGUGCUUGAUGCUGAUACCAUUAACCACCCAGCACAACUAAGCAAAACCUCUCUGGCUCCCAUUAUAGUGUAUGUAAAGAUUUCUUCUCCUAAGGUUUUACAAAGGUUAAUAAAAUCUCGAGGGAAAUCUCAGGCCAAACACCUUAAUGUUCAGAUGGUGGCAGCUGAUAAACUGGCACAGUGUCCUCCGGAAAUGUUCGAUGUAAUUCUCGAUGAGAACCAGCUUGAAGAUGCUUGUGAGCACCUUGCUGACUAUCUGGAAGCCUACUGGAAGGCCACACAUCCACCUAGCAGCAAUCCUCCUAACCAGCUUCUCACUCGCACACUUGCAACAGCCACUCUUCCUAUUAGCCCAGGUCCAAAUAUAAAUUUACAGCAGGGAUCUCAAGGAGACCAGAGGAAUGACCAUUCAGUCCCUGAACGCAGCAGUUCACAAAUUGAAGAGGAAGCACGGGUUGAACCCAUCAAGAAAUCUCAGCAUCGCUCUUCCUCAAGCCAACACCACAACCAUCGCGGUGGUGGCAGAGGCCUUUCUAGGCAGGAAACUUUUGACUCAGAAACACAAGACAGCAGAGAUUCGGCUUACGUAGAGCCAAAGGAGGACUACUCACAUGAGCACGGUGACCACUAUGAUUCUCACAGGGAUCACAAUCAUAGAGACGAGUCCCACGGGAGCAGUGAUCACAGACAUAGAGAAUCGAGGCAUCGCUCAAAGGAGAGGGACCGCGAGCAGGACCACAAUGAAUGCAACAAACAGCGUAGUCGUCAUAAAUCGAGGGACCAAUAUUGUGACAAGGAUGGGGAAGUGAUAUCGAAAAAACGUAACGACACAGGAGAAUGGAACAGGGAUGUUUACAUCCGUCAGUAACUUUUGCCUCCGGCAGUCUUGUGUUUCUUUGGAGUCUUGUAACAAUGCCCCUUGAAAAUAUCUUUGGGUUCUUCAUUGCAGAACAUAUGGUAUCCUUCUGUAUGCUGAUUUGUAUUGCUGUUGCUUGCAUAGCAAUAGCAUGAAAUAGAAUAUUCAUAUACUUAUUUUUUUGGUUAGUGCUAUAUGAAUUAGCGUAGUACAACUGCAGAGAUCCUGAUGUUGUACUAUGUCAUUUUGAAGCUGUUUUUUGGUAGCUGCCACUUGAACAAUAUCUGUUGCCAUCAAGGUGUUGUUAGUGUUUUUUAAGAAAAGGUACAUUUGAUGUUUGAUAACUUCCCAUGUAUUCAGCAAGCCAGAAUCAGCACAUAAAAAAUUUAAAACUUUUUGUCUGCUCUGAUUUUUAAUUUGUAUGCACUUGAUUUGCAUAUUGAGUUAAGAGCCACUCUCUGUUGCUUGUACCUCUGGUGGUCUCCAUUUGAAGACAGAAUUUAGUCUUGCCUUACACACAGGGGAUCAUUAAGUCAAAAUCUAUUUUCUAUGUACUGGUACUGUGUACUGUAUAUACAGUUUAUAAAUGUUAUUUCUGCAAACACCUUCUUACUAUAUAAGUUUGACCACACUGUUUUAGAGUCCUAAUGCCAAGUCAGCAGAUUUGCUUUUGAAUUACUGGCAACUGGAACUAGCCUCAAUUAGGAAAUCUGUAACAGUGUUCAACCUAAAUACUACUUCUUCUGUAGCAGAAAGCUUAUACUUCUUGUAAAUACAAAUGAGUGCUUGAGAUAAAGGGUCUAACUCUUACACCUUAUGCUGUCCUUGCAAACCCAAUUUUGCAUUUUAAAUUACAAUGAUAAGAUAAUGAAUUUACCACUAUAAAUUACUCUUCUCUGUACAGGUCGCAAAGUUGCAAUGGACACAGCUUAAUUUUUGUUCUAUUGUCAGAAUAAUAGAGCACACAUGACAGAGGUGUGUAUGUGAGUGGGUGGGUGGUGGAUGGGCGGAUGUGUGUGUACACAUCAGGCAGCGGCGUGUGAGAAUCUACUGAAGAAAACAAAGGUUACACAAAAGCCCAACGAAUCUAUUUCUUCAUUCUCUUUACUACUAUUAAAAUCCCAAUUGCAGUUAAGGAAUGAGGGAGUUUACCGACCGAGGUAAUUGAGAAAGCAUAAAUCUGCUGGCUCUUUGUUAAGACUUCAGGAAAGUAAAACCAGGCAAACGUUACUGUGAGUGUUUCACUGGAAAUGUAAAAUCUUUGUGUUUUAGAGUAUUUGUUUUAGUAAGAAAAGUUUACACAGCUUGUGGAGAGUUAUUUUGUUGGAAAAUAAAUUUUUGUAGCUUCUCCAUUUUUUCUACACUUGCCAAUUCCUCUGCAGUCCAAGCUCACAGGUUUUCCUUCACCUUAACUAUCGUGCUGCUGGCAAGAACUUAGAAAAAUGACUGUGACAAAAUAGCCUGUUACAAGCUUACUAGAGAAAAUGCAUUGAAAUGAAAGGGAGUGGGCACAAGUUUGUUUUGCAUUGAACAACUGUUGCACUGGUAAGUGGGGGGAAAUCUGCUCUUAUUUUCGACUACAGGUUCCAUACCCUUGCCUAGUGUAAAAGCUGUUCUGCAUCACAGUCUUUGUAGUAAUUGUAUGAAUGAAAUACUUUUUUGUAUUUCACUGUAAAUAGCAUAAUAUGUAAAGACUGUAGGCAAGAUAAUAAUUAAUUUAGCUGGAAGUUCUUUUUAUUUAUUGUUUUAAUUCUGGGAAUAUCAGCAUUGCCUGAUUUUUAAUAUCAUUUUAGUGAAAUGGAUAAGAUAUAUGGCAGAUGCAUGUUUUCUCCAAUCUCCUAUUUCAGCAUCUAAGCAGUUCAGUUCAACUCCGCUCCGCCCUCCCUCUCCCGUUCCUCUCACUGAUGCUUUAUAUGCAUUUUUUACUACAAAAUAAGAGUUUGAAAUUCUGGCCAUUCCUCCCAGUGCUGCUGACUGUUGUGGUUAUUCAAGGGUAGUAUUUGGCUCAAAGCAUGAACUGUUGGGAACACAAGGAAAAGGGUACUUUUCUAGAAAUAAAAUUCCAGUUUUUCUAAACACCACUAAAUGACUUUGUAGACAAAGGAAGCAUAGGUAAGUAGAUCUGUUGUAUUACUAAGUGGAUUUGUAAGAGUAUAUAACAGUGGCUUUUGAUAUCAGAGGAUUUUCAAGGUAUCAGUGGAAAACAAAAUUGAAAGACUUUGUUGUUCGAAUAAUAUCAGAUCGCAUGUACAUGGGAAUAGAAGUUAUAUUGUCUUGCUCUAUAUAGCCUGGCUUUAGCUAUUUUACCAGCUUCAGGAAAUGCUGUUGCUCCCUUCAACUGUUGUAUGACAACUCUGUCCUCCAAUAAGUGAUCUAUGAAUUCUACUUCAUUACCUUGAACAUUUUUGUUCUUGUUUUUUUUAACGUUUGCUCUGAAGAGUGAUUAUUUUCCACCUUAAAGUAUUUUUUAACGAAUGCUUGGCAGGGUUUCAAAGCACUGAGUAGUAUAUGAAAACCGUGGAAUAGGUAGCCAUGUAUAAACAAAUACAUGAGAAAAUAAAGAGCAUAGUUCAAGGCCUAGUAUUUAAGUAUGGCCUAUAUAUUGAUUUAGGGAAUAUAAACACCUUAUCAUAAAAAAGGCAUGUCUCAAAGAAACUAAUGAAAGAAUCAUGUUUUGUAUAGUGCUGCUAGUCAUGUACAGACAACUUACCAACACGUGUUUUUUAGGCAGACUCACUCAGUAGGUUUUUAUUAGCCUUGCUAAGAUACUUUCCUUCAGUUAUUGUUUUAAGAGUGACAAACCAUUUGUCAGCUGAGCUUGUACUACAUAUAUUGCACAAUACCACCUGCCUGCUGAGCACUACUUUGAAAAGCACUUUAAACAGAAUUAUUUCAAUAAGAAGCUUUAAAAAUACUCCAACUGGAGGACAUAUCAAAGGUUAUUGUGAAGAAAUGUCUUUGCAAAGUUUUGCCAAUAGGAAGUUUAAUGUUAUUGUUUGCAUUAGGAUACUAAUGAGUUCAUUUUUCUGUACUUGGUUUCAGGAGCUUUGAAUCUGAGGAGUGGUAGAGGUCCCAGUGAGCUCCAGAACCUUCUUAUGUAUGCAUGGUACAACCAACCUGUAAAAUUUCUAUUCUAAUGAGCUAAAGGGAUAAUAAAACCAGUGAGAUAUAAGAAAAGAGAGGAAGAUAAAAUAGUUAAUGUCUCGUAAGCUCUCGCUGUAUAUUUUUCUAAAGAAUUUCAGUACAUGGAAAGAAUGGGAUUCAUUUUAACAUUUAUGUGUAUGUAUGUUAGAUGUUAAGCUUAUUUUUGUAUGUCUUUUUAAACGAAUACACAUCAGUGCUGUUCAUCAGCCCAAGUGUAUCCUUUAUCAGCUGUGUGGUGUCACACAGACUUUGUGGGAAAAAGAAUUCUUAAGGAGGGACUGGAAGGAGGCAAGAGCAAUAGUCCCCAGACCUGUAAAGGGACAGGACAGUGGGGAUGAAUAAGCCAACAGGUUCGUGCACAAAGGGAGCAUCAGUAGGAGUUAAGAGAUGAAAGAAACUAUUUUUAAAUUAGUCCAUAAAGUACUGCCUAGAAAUUAAAUAAAAAUUAUAGAUCCAUAAACCCCUCUUCUAGAAUACUCAUGAAUUCAUACUCUGGCAUCAAGAGUUCAGAAUUUGAGAAGAGUUCUGCAAUUUUUGCUUCUCAAGGCAUAAAAUUAAAUAGAUAGUUUCUCCUAAGGAUUUGGCCCUAACAAAAGAAGCUAAAGUUUUAAAGCUACAAUGAACUACAAUGAAUUUUUUUCAUGGAAAUCUAUAGACUCUUUAACUUAUGGCCCUUACUAUAAGUGGAGGAUAAGGAAAUGAAAUCCCAUUCAUCAAACCCUGAAUAAAAGUAGAGAACUAAUUUCACUUCUCUCUGCAUAUCUGAUUGCUCAUCUUAGACAUGUAGUUCCUACCCAGGUCUAAUGCUCUGUCCCAUAACACUCUCUCUUAUGAAUUUUUACUAUUACUAUCAUUUUUAAGCUCCUUUUGUUUAUAGAGUCAUUAACAUUCUGGACAACUGUUUUAAUAUGGUCCAUUAUCAUUCCCUUAGCUGGAAUACAGUGAGUGGUCUGAUUGCUUUUUAAUCAAUGUCUGUCUGAAGUGAAAAGGUUAGUGUAAACCACCUCCUCUGUUAGUUACCAAAGGCUCUUCAAGAUUUAUUUUUCUUUGUGGUUACAUUUGACCUCUGACUGCUUUAACACAUCAGGCUGAAAGCCAUUUCCCAAAUGCUUUUGGCUUGAAUGUUAUUCCCUUCACGAUAAUAAAGCAUAUUGCAAAAAACUUUACGACAUAGUCUAGAAGAAGAGAGAAGUUAUUUUUCAGAAGGUAAUACAUCAUUUAUGGUGUAAAUUUACUUAUAUUUAUUACUUUAUUGCAGAUCUUUCACCAAAAUUUUAAUUCUUCUGUCAUCUGUAAAAUAUGUGGAUGCCAUUUUUUUUUAAAUGUUUUUAAUCAAAUGUUAUUCAAUCAAAUUUAUUGCUUGGCAAUUUGUCUAUAAUUUAUUUCCCCAGUUUUACAUAACAGUUUUAUAUGAGCUUACUGUAGUUUUAUAGAGGGUUUCUUUUUAUAACUUACCACCCUAGAGAUGUGUUCCUACGCAGGCCCAAAAAAGAUUUAUAACAGAUAUAAUAGAGUUUAAGCUGGUUCUUCUAAGUCAUCCAUGUUCUCUCUUCUUACUUUAUUCUUACCACUUUUAUCUAUCAUGCCUACCUACUCUGCAAUGACUUCUAGCAGUACAAAACUGAAUUUCUCACAAAUCUUUUAGUCGUGAACAAUUAAACAUAAAAAGAAAGUUUAUAUUUUGAACUACCCACUCCAAAGUAAUUUAUUGUUGAUCACAAUUACCAGCCUAUUUCUUACUAAAAUAUUCCCUUCUCCUUGAAUAAACUUCUGAAAUUC